AUGGAUGCAUUUAAUGCUGAAAAUAUUAAAAAGAAUAUUAAAUGGCUAUCCGAAAAAAUACACGUAGCUGGUACCAAAGAAAAUGUCGAACUUAUGAAAAAAAUUGCUUAUAAAUAUCAUCGAUAUGGCUAUGAUGUAAAAACGUAUAGUUAUAAUGUUUUAUUGAAUUAUCCAAAUUAUGAGAAACCAAAUCGAAUUGAAUUACAAAUUGAUGAUAAGAAAUGGGAAGAGAUUAGUAAUGGCCUAGCUGAAAAACUUGGCCCAAAAGAAGCACAAGAACAACAAACAGAUCCACGAGGAUUAAUUUAUUGGACAGCUUAUUCAAAGAAUGGUACAGUUAUUGGACCAAUAGUUUAUGUUAAUUAUGGAACAAUUGAUGAUUACAAAAGAUUAGAUAAGUUUGGGAUUUCGUUGAAGGGAAAAAUUGCAUUGUGCCGUUAUGGUGCGGUAUUUCGUGGUGAUAAGGUGCAGCUUGCAGUUAAACAUGGCGCUAUUGGAAUGAUAUUAUAUAGUGAUCCAUUUGAUUAUACAAAUGGACGAAAUGAUGCGAAGGUAUUUCCAGAUGCAAUUUGGUUACCAGAAUCAGGUGCACAACGUGGUACAUUACUUAAAACGGAUGGUGAUCCGGAAACACCAUUAUUACCAUCAAAAUACUAUGUUUAUCGUACGGAAACGGAAAAAAAUUUACGCGAUCGACAAAUAAUGCCAUCAAUUCCGGUAAUGCCCAUUGGUUACAGAGAUGCUCGGAAAAUAAUGAAAAAUUUUAAUGGACCACAAAUUAAGUUACGUGACUGGAUUGGAUCUAUGAAUGUAACAUAUCGUAUCACGGGAACAGCAAUAUUCCGAGUUAUCGUACAUUCUACCUGUACACAUCGUAUCAUUACAAAUAUUGUAGCAACAAUGUUUGGACGUGAAGAACCGGAUCGUUAUGUAUUAUUCAGUAAUCAUUACGAUUCCUGGGUUAAGGGUACAAUCGAUCCAAUUUCCGCUACGGGUACUAUGCUUGAAAUGGCGCGGGUAUUAUCGAAAAUUAAAAAAUCAACAAAAUGGCGUCCACGACGUACUAUAAUGUUUUGCUUAUGGGAUGCUGAAGAAUUUGGACUUAUCGGAAGUACAGAAUGGGUGGAAGAAUUUAUGAAACCACUUCAGCAACGAGCGAUUGCUGUAAUUAAUGUUGAUAAUAUCAAUGGUGAUACAUCACUCUCUGUUAAAGCUGUUCCAUUACUAUAUCGUGUUAUUGUUAACGCAGCUGCAAAGUAA